UCCUUUUUUACUCAGAAGCCAGAAUUUACGAGGGGUACCUGAAGACGGCAGUAGGGGAGAUCCAAGAUGGUGAAAUUUGGACUCCAGUUCAAAGCCACUUUGGAGAAUGUCACCAAUGUGAAACCAUUGUGCGACGACUUCCGGUGGUUUCUAAAGCUGAAGUGUGGAAACUGCGGAGAGAUCCCAGAUAAAUGGCAGUAUAUAACCCAAGUGGAGAGUGUGCCACUAAAAGGAGGAAGAGGCAGUGCCAGUAUGGUGCAGAAAUGUAAACUCUGUUCCAGGGAAAAUUCAAUUGAUAUCCUUGGAGAUACAAUCACACCAUAUAAUGAAGAAAACAGUGAAAGAUUCAAGACGAUGGUGCAGUUUGAAUGUCGAGGUCUGGAGCCCAUUGACUUCCAACCUCAAGCUGGCUUCGCAGCACAGGGGGCAGAGUCUGGAACAACGUUUCUGGAAGUCAACCUGCUAGAAAAAGACUGGACAGACUAUGAUGAGAGAGUCAACGAGUCGGUGGGAAUAUAUGAAGUCACACAUCAGUUCAUCAAGUGUUGAUGUCAUCAUGCGCGAAGCCUCAGAGGGGGAGUUUGAACACUACAGCCAAAUAUCCCCAGGCCAAUUGCUAGCAUCAAGGAUGCUUCAUAUGCUGAGGUUGGAUUGAUGAUGAACAUUAAAGGCUGUGGAAUGAUACCACAGCGUGUCCAUACACAUUUUGGAUUAAUCAAUGUUUUUUUUCACUGCCUCAGUAAAAAUGAAAGGUGUACAUUUUGAGUUAAGCUUUUUCUUUGCAAAUGUGAGUGUCACGUUUAAAUAUCAGUAGGUGUAUUAAACCAAUACCAAUAUACAAGACACAAAAAAAGCCCAGAACAUCAUAAAAAGGCUGUAGAAACUGAAAUGUCUUUAAAUGAAGACUGAUCAAAAUGAUUGAUUUACAUCCCAAGUUGUGAAAAUGCACGACUUGAGCUGAUAAAAAAGAACAGAAAAUGAUUGUUAACCUGCGCCUGAUCUACCUGACGGACAGACCCCAGGCUGUGCAGGGUGGGAAACAUCACAUCCUCCACCCUGAUCCUCAAUACUGGAGCCCCUCGGCCUGGUACGGCAGCUGCACCGCCCUCAAUCGUAAGGCUUUACAGAGGGUGGUGAAAACUGCACAGCACAUCACCAGGACGGAGCUGCCAUCCAUGGAGGACCUUUACUCCCAGCGGCUCAGGAUGAAAGCCCUCAGGAUUACAAAGACCCCCAUCACCCCAGCCACAAACUGUUCAGCCUGCUGCCGUCUGGCAGGCGGUACCGCAGCAUCGGGUCUAAAACCACCAGAUCCAGAGACAGCUUCAUCCCACAGGCCAUACAACUAUAUAACACCUGAGGUUGCACUAUUUGUAUUUUAUUUGUUUGUUAUAUGUUUUUUAUAUAUUUGUUUUUAUUUCUUGUAAAUUGCACUGUUGAGGAACAUGCGAUCUAAGUUGUUCAUGGAUUACAUAACUACACCGUAGUUGUGUACAUAAUUUAUAUGGCAAUACAACUUUGAAUCUU